CUCCUUCGCAUCGGUCCGUCGUUCAUUCUCUCUCCAUAUCUACUCCCGGUCUCUCUGAUGGCCUUGCUCUCCUUCUUAUCUGCCCAUCCAUCUCUCCUGUAAUCAUCUCUCCUUUCAUCUGUUCAAUGUAACCCUCUCUUCUAUGAUAUUUUUUCGUUCACCACUAGUUCCUCAUGAACCAUGUCCGAUCCCUCGGAUGCGCCACUGCCUCAGAUACAGUCUAUUCGUCGAUCUGCUACUCUACCCACUAAACUAAACCCGCGAAAUCGCCGCACCUCGAAUUCCUUCAAACCCUCCGAGAACGACCUGUUUUUUCAUCCCUCGGCCAAAGUUGUCCACUUUGCCCCGAGGGCCCUUGCGCCAAUUCCCUCGAGCACCGCCCCGUCGGACUUUGAUUAUCCGGUUGAUACUGUCGAAACCCUGCCAUGGAGAUCGCCCACGGAACGGACGGUAGCCUUUGCGCCGCUGCGUCUUGAGAAUGUCCACGGGUUGACCGUCUUCCUCAAAUGCGGCAGCGUCGUCCAUGCGAUCCUCAAGAACUCUCAGUGCUGGUGUGUCGACGGUGUGUCGACCUUCGUUUUGCGCAUUCGCCCUCUUACCUACUACCGCAUCGAGCUGCCGAAUGAGACAGAUGAGGACAGAGAAUUGAUCGUAGGGAUGAAAGAUGCCUUACCCCAAGUCCUGCGGUAUGAAGUUACUCCGUGUCCUUUCAAGCGGGGUUUCACAGUCCCGAUUCCAGAGGCGGCCAAGGCACCGAGGCGAAAGAAAAAAGCAUGGAGCCCUAAAGGACGCAGGGAUAGUGCGCCGAUUUAUUUGGGACUCGCCAAGGAACAUAGCCCGGUGAGGGAAGAAAUUACGGUUGAUUAUUUGAGCGCUGGGGAAGAGACAGAUGGUAACACAACAGAUGGCAGCGGUUUCUUAACACGAGGCAGCAACAGCACCAUUCUGGAAACCAUUCCAGAUGAUAACGAGUUUUUGGAAGGGUCUCACCCUCCUGAGCUGCCCGUGGAGAGUGAAUCGCGUGCACCAUCGCCUGCGCCAUCACUUGCACCAUCGCUUGCACCGCCUGUCCCCGAGUCUCUGGAUAUUCCCCGGCGCUCGGUGGCAGAAACACAACGGAGCUUCCAGACCUUGCUGGCAAGGUUUGAGGAGAACCCCGAAACACAGGUUGAACCUGACCCAGCACUCUCUUCGAGUGUCGAUUCAUUCCACUCCAUCGAACAUUCGUUAUCACCCCUUCCUGAGACGGAGUCGCAUUUGGACUCCCAACCAGAAAUUCCCGUGGACGAGAGCAAGCAAAACGACAGUCGUGGUUGUGACGAAGAGAAACCGUCGGAGGACUCUAUCUUUCAAGAGGUCGAUUAUGCUGCGGAGACGAAAUUGCCAACGAUCGUCUGCCGCGAUUGCUCGUCUCCCGAUCCAAAAGAGCCACCAACUGCUUCUGCCUCCAAGCCUGAGCCACGACCUAGUACUGCUGUCGACGCAAAGAGUAGUGCGGACAAUCACGAUCUCGCAUCAACAACGAGUUCCAACCCGAACCUCAGCAGCAUGAGUGCUGAAUUCCGCCGGCGGUCGAAGACUUCUCAUGAUCGCGAGGUAUCGCCGAUGCCCCCGGCAUCUACGCUGGCUCUUGCUCACCCCCCGGAGAAGUACGACGCAGCAUCCAUAAUCCAAAAGACCUGCAAGCUUGUCUUGGUGCCUCCAAUCCAAUUGUUCGUGGUGCUAAUCCACAUUGCCGCGCGCAUCGUCAUCGGGCCGGCUGUAAACUCCGCCAUGGGCGAUAUGGAUGGACAUACCAGCUCUCAGGAGACGAUGGAUGAUUUCGACCUGCCUCUCGCGCGCGACAACUUCAGGAAGCGGUCCGUGUCGGAGGAACUCCGAAGGUUCGAUCCCUGGGAGUUGGACUAAUCGACACAUUUCCUUUUCGUUAUUAAUGCCUCUGAUCUUCACUCCCAUUCAUUUGAUUUCAUUCCCUCAUCCCAGUUGGUUCUGCUUGCCAUAUAUUAUUUUAAUCCCCUCCCUGUACAACCCUUUUUUUUUUUUUUGAAUGAUGCCUGUUUCGAUGAUGAUGCACUUGUAUGAAUUUUCUAUCUCUCCUUUUGGGUUUUUGUUAUACUCGUGGGUGGACUCGGUACUGCGUUGCAUAUGUAUCCCCUAAUGUUU